UGAGAUUUGACAGCUUCCCGACAACGAUCACAUGUUGGCGUUUUCGGUUAUUACAUCAGUCGGUCUCAGCCGAAUACAAGUGAAGGAGCAAAAAAGAUUUUAGAGUUUAAAGUGAGGUGGGACUCGUUGAUUUUCCUGCUGUUGGAAGACGGCAUUCAUCAAGAAAAUCAAGAAAUGAGUUACCUUCCGUACUUCUCAGCAGAGACCUGGGCUUUGCUUGUCCUUUUGUUUAGUCUGGUUAUGCUGUAUGGCUAUAUGCCAUAUGGAGUCUUCAAAAAACUUGGCAUUCCAGGACCAAGGCCUCUUCCUUUUAUUGGGACAUUUCUGGAAUACAAAAAGGGUUUCUUCAGAUUUGACUCAGACUGCUUCCAAAAGUAUGGGAGAAUAUGGGGGUUUUAUGAUGGCAGACAGCCUGUUCUGGCAAUCAUGGAUACAGGAAUGAUCAAAACCAUUCUGAUCAAGGAAUGCUACUCCGUUUUCACCAACAGAAGAAAUUUAGGUCUGAACGGUUCACUGUAUGAUGCCGUCUCAAUUGCUGAAGAUGAUGAGUGGAAAAGAAUCCGCAGUGUUCUGUCCCCCUCCUUCACCAGCGGAAGACUGAAGGAGAUGUUUAUUAUCAUGAAAGAACAUUCAAAUAAUUUAGUUAAGAGUCUCCAGAAGAAGGCUGAAAAUGAUGAGCCAGUGGAUGUCAAAGAAUUCUUUGGCCCAUACAGCAUGGAUGUUGUCACCAGUACCUCAUUCAGUGUUGACAUUGACUCUCUCAACAACCCUGGAGAUCCCUUUGUUACCAACAUUAAGAAGAUGCUAAAAUUUGACUUUCUAAAUCCUCUUCUUAUUCUUGUCGUUCUCUUCCCGUUUCUCAUCCCAUUUCUGGAGAAAUUUGAAUUGUCCUUAUUCCCAGCAUCGGUUAUGGAUUUCUUUUAUGGUUCACUUCGGAAAAUCAAGGCUGAGCGGGAAAAGAAUGUGCACAAAAAUCGAGUGGAUUUCCUCCAAUUGAUGGUGGACUCUCAGAUACUCGAGAAGAAGAUUGACUCAACAGAAGAAAACUCACAAAAAGGACUGACAGACCAUGAGAUCUUGUCCCAAGCCAUGAUUUUUAUUUUUGCCGGAUAUGAGACCAGCAGCAGCUCACUUUCUUUCAUUGCGUACCUCCUGGCAACAAACCCUGAGAUAAUGAAGAAACUGCAAGAUGAGAUUGAUGAAGUCUUUCCCAACCAGGCCCCGCUGAAGUACGAGUCGCUAAUUCAGAUGGAGUAUCUGGACAUGGUGGUAAACGAGUCUAUGAGGAUCUACCCCAUUGGUGCACGCCUUGAGAGGGUCUGCAAGAAGACUGUGGAGAUCAACGGGGUGACCAUCCCGAAAGGAAUGGUGGUUAUGAUCCCAAACUACACCCUGCACAGGGACCCUGUACUGUGGCCUGACCCUGAGGUUUUCAAGCCAGAGAGGUUUAGCAAGGACAACAAAGAAAGCAUUGAUCCCUAUGCCUUCUUGCCAUUUGGGGCUGGUCCUCGAAAUUGUAUCGGAAUGAGAUUUGCUGUGAUUAUGAUGAAGUUGGCCAUCGUUCAAAUACUUCAGAACUUCAGCUUUGCGGUCUGCGAGGAGACUCAGAUACCACUAGAGCUUGGAAACCUGGGAUUCCUUGCACCGACCAAGCCAAUCAAGCUGAAGCUUGUCCCGCGCAUUCCAGACAACAAAGAGGAGUAAACAAGAAAUGUCUUUAAAGGAAAUUUACAGGAAAUUUCUCCUGCCACCCCUGUGAAUGUCGCAAGUGGGCAGUAGUCAGAGUAAAGAUCUACGUUAUUUAGAAACAAGUGUACUAAUACACGUAAUGACUGUUCUGUGUGAAUGAUAACUGUUCUUUUGAAAAUCACUGUUCAGUACUGAUCAUGAAUACCAACUCUUUCAUCCUUGUUAAUGGUUGAUGUUCUACUAAUCACACAUUUCUUAAUAUUUUACACACAAUUAUUCCUUCUUUAUAUAUUUAAUAAGCCAAUUAUAUAAAACAGAUUAAUCUGUGGACAACUCUACAUCUAAUGUGCAAAGGGAAAAGUCCAGUGUGAGGUAACUUGCCAUUUCUAAGUGAGACAGUACUCAUUCAAUGAUAUAACAGCUUUGUUGAUCUGAAGCCAAUGAGCCAAAUGUCUAAACCAGUCCUCUGAAUUGAAUUCAUUGAAAUUGUAUCUUGUAUUUUUAAGUAGCUUGCCAAAAUGAACUACUCAUCCUCAACACAUAAAUGAAUGAAAAUGUAAGUUUUCCUCUUCCCUUGUUGGACUUUUUCUUUGCCAUGUCCUAUAGUUUGGCAGUACAUAUGCAGAAUGAUCAUUUAAUAAAACACUGAGCUUAUUCUCCUAGGAAUGAUCCUAAGAUUUUUUUGGGUCACAUGAUCUAAAUUGACACUUCAACUUUCACAAUAGCACUAGGUCACUGAACUUGAGACUCCAUGUGAAAUCCCCCUGAACUGGUUUUACCUAGCUACUUAACAAAGAGUUUUUUGUUUGUUUUAUGUUGUUUAGACGGUAGCGUAAAACACCUCUGUCUUAACCUACAGAAUACAGAUCUGUUAUGUCUUUAUUUUGAUGAGCAAGUAUUGGCCUGCUCUGUUGCAAUAAGGGAAUUCAAGUUUGAGUAAGUGGAAUCUUUGAAAUUACUCAAUUCACACAAAGCGCUUUAAUAAACAGCCAUUUCAGCUGCCAGAGGAUGAAAGUGACAUGCUGUGACAGGUUACCUUUUACUUGUUGUGGCAUGUUUUCAAGGUGCCUCCAAUACAGGAAAGGUAGCAUGCUUAAAGAAAAUGACAUUGGACACCCAUAACUGCUGAAAAGAUUAUUUGUUCAUGUACUCUGCUCUGCUAGUCUGUAUUAUCUGAAGGCAAGGAGAGGUGCUGAAUAACAGUUUACUACUAAUGUAGACCAUGUAGUUUUUAGAAAUGAAACUCUGUAGUAUUGCAAUUAUAUUUAUAAGCCUUCUUCCCCAUCUUGCUUCAUUUUGACUGUAUAUACAUAUAUUUUACUUUUAAAUAAAUCUAGAGACUAAAGCAUAUUAUGUCCUGUCAUUGUUUUGGAAUACCUUUUUGCCUGUACAGUAGUCUGUCACUUGUGAGACAGGCUGUGUGUGUGUGUUAAAAAUGUUUGCUUAUCUUUAAAAAAUAAGCAAAUUUUUUUUUUAAAAAAUUCCA